CGUAAGUUACUGGUAAGUAAAUGGCAUUGUCGUAAUAUUCUCAACAUCCAGCGUCAAAUCCACGCCUAGCGCACCUUAUUAGGUGAGAGAGAGAAGCUCAUCUCACGAAGAAACGUUGAUAGUGAAAAAACGCGUUGUAGUUGAACGGCCGCGCUCCCUGCGUGCGUUAAGAGAGAACCCUACUCUAAACAGAAGAAAAACCAGUUCUCGGAAUUUCUUUUCUAUCUUGAAUUGAUUCCCGUGAGAAGAGAAUCAGGGCGCGCAAGUUAGCAAAACGAUGGCGGGAAUGCUACCAGGAGUGGAGGUGGCCCGAAAGAGAAGGAUCCACCAUCACCAUCUCGAUAAUACGCGCGAGCCUUGUUUUCUGCGUUCACGUAUCGUACCGUCGACAACGACGGCCAUGGACGAAACUGCCCUCAAAGCCCGUACAAGGCUCGAAGAAAAGCUCCGAGGCAUUGGUUACAGAUGGAGUAAAAACCAGCCUAGCAAAGUUGGAGAGUCGGACCUUGAAGCCGGUGCAAGCAAAGCUGGUGUGGGCGUGGUGAGAAUGGAAAUGGCGAUUCAUGUGGACAGAAGGAAUUCAGAGAAAGAGGUGUGUGCUGUUUGCCUGGAUGAGAUCCGAGCCAGACAGAUGGUGAUAAACCUACCAUGUUCCCACACCUACCACUCUCAUUGCCUUCUACCAUGGCUCAAUGUUCAUUCACAUUGCCCUUACUGUAGGACCCAUGUUCAAUCUUGAUAUUUCCUUAAUGUGGUAGUCCAUUUCUUUUUUUUUGGGUUGAUUUUAUUAGUCGACCAUCGAGGUUUCAUGGCACCCUUACGCAUUGUGGGCUAUGAGCCGUACAUUAGACGGGUCGCGCCUCACAGAUGACCCGGUGUAAAAAUUAAGGCCAGUCCAUUCAUAGUUCUAAAGCUUGGUGGCACGCCUUGAAAUAAGGCUGAGUCAACUCGACUCGACAGGAUUGUGAGUUGAGUCUACUUGAAACUCAAAACUCGCUGGUGAAUUUGACUCGAUUAGGGGUGGCAACGGGUCGAGUGGGCCUGUGGGUCAAUUAGACUGACCUGUUUUUGAGGUGGGCUUGAGGCAAGCUAAAUGGGUAGUGGGGUCAGGGUCUGGCUGGAAAUUUGACCUGUUUAUGUAAAUGGGUUGUGCUUGGGUUGAACCCUACCCAACCCGAGCCACCUUUAUAGGUUAUCAAUAAAACUGGUUACGGGAUGACUCGACUUGGCAAA